AUGAGAAAAAGAGGUACAGGUUCAUUUCCAACAUGGCGGCGAUCAUCUGCUCUGAUCAGAUCAAUACAAACAGAAACCACACCGCUCUGUGCACGUGUGUCUGAACCGACCGGUUAGUUAACUUGAGAAAUCUAUCGUCAAUAGUUAUAGAUCCAGACUCAGGUCGGAGCUCAGCAGAGCAAAACACGUCACGGAUCACACGAUUAUGACUCACUGCCUCAUUCAAUAGUUUCACUUUGGUUCAGACGGACGGAGGUUUGUUGACAGGUCCAGGAAUAAACCGAUUUAUAUACUGGUCCAGUCCAUGUGAACAUGCAAAACCAAGAGUCCUCACCUCGACCUGGGGUCACUGCUGCCCAUUUGUCCCAAAAACCUGUCCUGCCUCAGAUCUCGUACCAUCCGACCAUUAAGGCUCAGAACCCCAGAAAAGGAGUGGUACCAAAAACUUCUAAACCUCCUGAAACCCAUCAGCCGGUCAGCCAACAUGGAGACAACAGCACCCAGGUGAAUCUUGAUCCUGCAACAAGACCAAAAACCCAGCGUGUUCAGAAACCAGUUCAGAGGGGCAAUUCAGAUCCAGAUCGGCACUCUGAUAGCGCUCCACCCACACCAGCACAGGUUCCUCUGGGUCUGAAGGUGCCAUUAGAAAAGAGUGUGGUGCAGCAGGUGGAGGUUCUGACCCGCGGACAGAGGAACAACCAGGACUGGUUCUCCUGGAGGAAGAACCGAAUCACUGCCUCGGUGGCUCAUCGUAUCGCUCACUGCCGCUUUGUUAACGGCAAAAGCAGAACCCCACCAACCAGCUACCUGGCUGCCAUCACAGGUGACAGUAAUCACGUCCAGACCCGUGCCAUGAGCUGGGGGGUGAAUAUGGAGGCCGUGGCCAUCGACAGUUACCAGAAACUGAAGACAACGGCGUUGGGUCAGCCCAUCUCGGUUCAGGAUUGUGGCCUGUUCAUCGAUGGUCAGAGACCCUGGUUGGCUGCGAGUCCUGAUGGCAUCGUGACAGACAGCACAACUGGCCAGUGGCUGCUUUGCCUGGAGGUGAAAUGUCCCUACAAACACAGAGAGGGGGGAGUGGAGGAAGCCUGCCAGGACUCUGGCUUCUGUCUGGAGAUUGAGGACAGACAGAUGCCUGGAGAGUCUCCAGCCUACCGUCUUAAGACAUCUCACAGUUACUACACUCAGAUCCAGUGUCAGUUGGCCGUGACUGGCCUGCAGCGUGCCGACCUUGUUGUUUACACCACGAAGGAGACGGCUAUUGUUCCCGUGACCUUUGAUGCUGAAAUGUGGGCGGAGACUGUGUCCAAGCUGGAGAUAUUUUACAGAGACGCCGUCCUGCCUCGUCUCAGAGAGACGUCAGCAGCAUGGUCACCAGAGCAAUAAAGAAGCAGUGACCUCUUGGUCAUUCAGGAAUAAAAUAUUUUCAAUAACUUGUUUAGUGAAAAACCAGAGGUGAACCUGACGCUGAGUUAGCUUUGUAACCAGAUAAUGAAGGUCACCUUUGACAUCAUGCUAUUAAAUAUCUUUAUAUCGCUGACAUUUGUGUGAAUUCUGUCAAUUCCUCUUUGGUCAGUCUGACAAUGUUAGCAUAGCAGGCUGUGAUAAAAAUGAACCUUUAGCCAUUUUAGUAUGCGCUGCUAUCAUCAUGAACCAUGUGCCAUGUUAGCAUUAUAUUCCGGGUUGGACUCACGCUGUAUUAUCAUGUGCUUUGCUAACAUUAUAAGACACGUUCAUGUUGUACAUUAGCAUCAUGAGCAGCAUUAGCAUUAUGAGCCAUUAUAGCAUCAUGACCUGUGCAUCAUGAUACUUUGCAUAAGCAUUGCAUGUCGCGUUUACAUGAUAAUCCGUAUGAGCCAUGUUUGCGCGUCAUGUAAUCAUAAGGUCUGGUAUUGGCAUCACUUGCUGCGUUACCUUGUGCUGUGUUGGCUUUGACUAGUGUUUAAAUCAGUGUUUCCCAACCCUGGUCCUCAGGGAACACUGCCCUGCAUGUUUUAGAUGUUACCCUGCUCCAACACACCUGAUUCAGAUGAACAGCUCGUAACCAGGCUUCUGCAGAGCUUGUUAAAGAGCUGACCAUUUGAAUCAGGUGUGUUGGAGCAGGGCAACAUCUAAAACAUGCAGGGCAGUGUCCCUUGAGGACCAGGGUUGGGAAACACUGGUUUAAAUGAUGCACCAUGUUUACCAUAAAGAAAGUGAGAUCAGUGAUAGACCCAGGAAGUGGAAGAUACACAUGCUCUGAUAUUUUUUAUUCUUUCCGUCUCUGAACGUAAAUAUAACGCUUGUUUGACGUCAGGUCCAUUAAAACUGAUAAAACCCCAAAAUCAACGCCACAUCAAUACACUGACUCCUCCUCCUUCUGCAGAGUUCACUGUGACCUCACUAAUCAGCUCGCAGCAGCUCAUCGCCUGAAGCAGGAGGUGAAACGGCUCGGAGAAGAAACCAUCCUCUGGUUCACUCCAGCAGCUGAUUGGCUUGCAGGACAAGUGUCUGUAUGGAGCGGGCAAGGUAUGUGUUACUAGUGGUCAGUCAGCAAUGGGCAGAGUCUCACAGGUAGCCCUCCUUCAGGAACUGCUCGUGGAGUAUGUCUCGAUACUCGUCGAAGCCACCAUCGAUUCGCUUAACUUUUCCACAUUCACACACCCACAGCUCCUUACACACCAACCGAAUCAGACGUUCGUCGUGAGAUACUAGGAUAACUCCACCCUGAAACACACAAUGAGACACACCUGAGACAAUGCACAGGAGGAAAUGCGCACAAACACACACACACACACACAAUACAAACAGACACUUACUCUGAACUUGUUGAGAGCUUUGGCGAGCGCCUCGAUUGUCUCCAUGUCCAGGUGAUUGGUCGGCUCAUCAAGGACGUAGAAGUUUGGACUGAAGGAGAGACAGAAUGACAUUAUCAUGACCAUCACCACCAACAUACACAUUUCCUUAAGACCUCUCCUUAAGCUCUCUCUUACCAUGGCAUGGUCAUCUGAGCGAAGGCGACGCGGCUCUUUUGUCCUCCUGACAGACUCGCCACUGGCCUCGUUGACAGCUCACCAGUAAUUCCGUAACCUCCCAACUGGUGGCGGUACUCCUCCUCUGUCCGGCCUGUGAAGUACACACAAACAGCAGUCAAAUAUUGAUCAGCACCUAGAUGAGGUCAGUUCAGUUUGCUGUGGUUAGGAGCUGUUGCCAUAGUUACCAGGGAACCUGUUAAGGAGCAACUCCACAGAACAGACAUUCAGGUCCAGCUGGUCCACGUGAUGUUGACUAAAGUAACCAAUCUUCAAGUUCCUGAUAACACACACACACCCAAUCAGCAACAGUGGAAGGAAUUCACUCAUGCAUGUCAGUGAUUAUCUACACACUAUUAUUGGGUUUUAUUGCAUGGCUUAAUUGAAUACUCUUGAUUUUAACAGUUUUUUUAAUUUACAAAAAAACAAACUGAUCUGUGCCCUUAUCUAUUACGUAAACAUGAUAAACAAAUGAGUUCCUUAUUAAAACGUCGAGCAUGCAGCAAUUCCUGUACACUGCCUCGACCAGCUCAGGUGUGAUUUUCCUGUAAACAGACUCCGGUGCCUGUUGGCUGUCUCACCUGUGAGCUUGUCUGACGCCAUUGACUGGCGUCAACUCUCCCAUCAGCAGUUUGAGGACGGUGGUUUUUCCAGCACCAUUUUCUCCGACCUGACAGAAAAUAAGAACAUGAGUUUUAUAGAUCAUCCGAUUCGUUUUCAGUACAAGAGUCUGUGUUUUUGUAAGACUAAAUUGUUCUGUGACACGUACAAUGCAGAUCCGAGACUCAAGGUCGGCUGACAGGUUGAGUCCAGAGAAGAGGCGCUGGUCGGGCGAGUAGUAAAACUCAACUUCAUCCAACUGCAGGAUGGGAGGAGACAACUUCUCAAAGUUAUCUGGAAACCUGUGGGCACAUGUCAACAUUCAUUCCCCUGGUCAAUGGAUUUGACAACAGUGUCAUGGAAGAUUUACAGUGUGUACAGUACUUUGCAAAAGUCCUACAUUUGUUGUUUUAUUAAUGCUAUAAUGACCAUACAAUGUAAUUAUUUCUCUAACAGAAAAUUAAGGAAACAUAUAUGCAGUUUUAAAAUGUUUCAGUUUAAGUGUCAAGCAUUUCUUUGGACCUAUCCUUACACUGAACGAUAGCACGAUUCUCUUAAACCUGGAGUGGAACCCUAAUUAGUGUCACUGGUAAAACCUGUGUUUGACCGACUAUUUCAUGUCAACAAAUGUUGUGAAAAAUGUCUAUUACACCAGAUUUAUUCAAGA